AUGCAGAGACGUGAAGCUACCUGGGGCGGCGACAACCGCAUGGAAAAAUUGCAUGGAAGUACAGUUGUGAUCGAAGCUGAGCUGGGAGGACGCGGCAGGAUCGUUGUGCUACAGUCGCCUAACUGUGAAGACACUAAGGAGAUCUUCUUGCGAGGAAUAGAAGACAAAGACGCGGGCGCUAUUGGAGUUGAUGUUAAAAAUAUUAGGAAGCCAUCUCUUUUACUUCAGUGGAUGGGCAUGAACGCGCUUUUUGUGUAUGUAUUGGCAGCAGGAGAACUCUUUCCGGCUGCUCUACAAGGAUUUUAUUGGAGAACACCAUCAAAUAACUUGGAUUCAUUUGUAUUCGUUGGAUCUGGUUCGAUGGAAGUAAUUCUUGACGAUGAAAUGUUGCUGGAGUCUCAAAAUACUUACGAGAAACGUGACAAUGAGCUGGAAUCUCAAAAUAUUUUUGAGAAUCAUGAGAAUGAGCAGAGUUUAGAUGCGGCAGAAGGAAUUCGGCAGAGAAAUUGCUUCAUGCGGUUGUCCACAAUGAGAAGGAAGCCUAUGAACAGUAUUGUUUAUGCACACCAUAUUGGAUUUACUGUGCGAAAGGAACACAGUGGUUUCUGGUCGAAUUCAAAGAAGCUUAAGACAAUGGACUUUGUUUGUGGUAAGGCCGGUUUCAAGAAAGAGUUGAAGGACACUAUCACGGCGAGGUUCAAAAGAGCGGACACAAGGACUGGUUGUCCAACCAUGAUCCGAUAUUUCGUUGAUUUAGAAGGCAACUGGUCGGUAAAGAAAUUCAUAGAAAGUCACAACCAUCUGUUGGCGGAGGACGGUGACAAGCAUCUAUUGUGUUCCAGCAGAAAUAUGUGUGACAUCAGUGGUGAUAUCCUCAGAUCAAUGACAAAAUCAGGGAUUAUAACUAGUGAUGCAUUCAGAGUCCUCGCUACUGAGGUCGGAGAAGUGGAGAAUCUUGAUUGCACAAAGAGGGAUGCAUUCCAUUAUCGACGGCUCAUCUUUGGUUUCCAUUCUCAAGGGCUCUUCGGCUUCCACUGUCAUAGGGUUUUCAUGGGUUUCCAUCUCAGAAAGCUCGGCUUCCAUCUUGAUAAGCUCAACUCUAGCAGUGAACUGACGAAUUUACCAUAUAAAAAUUCGUCCGCGAAGGGAGCUGACAUUUCUAACGGGCUGAAGAACCCGUUCCGGGCUGGCCCGAUGUUCGGCCCGGGCAGAAGUUCCAGCAAAAUUUCCCGCGCAAGCAUAUCGCUAGGGCGAGACCAGCGAUCCAGAGAGAGAAUGGAGGUAGAGAGGGUGCGGCUUCUAAGCUUGGCGAUUGAUUUUGGAUUCGACGAGGAGGAAGCCAAAAAGUGCUUGGAUAGGCUCGUUGAUCUGUAUGGUUUACGUGGAAUGUUGGAUUUUGUCGAUGCUGUUCUUUUUAGAGGUAGAAAUGCUGGGCGCAAAUGUCAGAAGAAUGAAUCAGCAUCCACUUAUUCUUGCAAGAAUGAACCAGCCAACACCUCAUUGAUGUUUGAAGAUCUGAAGGCAAUGGAUCAGAUUGGAUUGGCUAAUUUUGUUAUUUUUGGCAACAGAACUUUCAGACCUUUGCAGUAUGAAGCCUGUAAAGCUGCAAUGGAAAACAAGGAUUGCUUUGUUCUUAUGCCCACUGGUGGAGGUAAAAGCUUAUGUUAUCAGCUUCCGGCAACUCUUCAUCCUGGCGUUACUGUUGUCAUUUGUCCUCUCCUUUCAUUAAUUCAAGAUCAGGUUUUUACUUUGAAUGUUAAAUAUGGAAUAGCGGCAACCUUUCUGAAUUCGCAGCAAACUACUUCAGAAUCAUUGGCAGUAAUUCAGGAACUUAGAAAAGAGCGGCCAUCAUGCAAACUAUUGUAUGUUACACCAGAAAGGAUAGCUGGAAAUAUGUCAUUCAUGGAUACCCUGAGAUGUCUACACCAGAAGGGUCUUCUUGCAAGAUUUGUAAUUGAUGAAGCACAUUGUGUUAGCCAAUGGGGACAUGAUUUUCGACCAGACUAUCGAGAACUCAGCUGCCUCAAACAGAACUUUCCUAGAGUAUCUCUCAUGGCACUAACUGCAACUGCCACUCACUCUGUUCAGAAGGACAUUUUAAGCACAUUAAGGAUUCCUGGUGCUGUUGUUCUCGAGGCAAGCUUUGAUAGGCCUAAGCUGAAGUAUGAAGUUGUUGGAAAGUGCAAAGAUUCAUUGAAACAACUUGGACAAAUGAUAAAAGACCGUUUCAAUAAUAUGUGCGGGAUCGUAUAUUGUCUUUCCAAAAGCGAAUGUGUUGAGGUUUCAAAUUACUUGAAUCAGAAAUGUAAGAUAAGAACUGUUUAUUAUCAUGCUGGUUUGGCGGCUCGUCAGAGAGUUACUGUUCAAAAGAAAUGGCAGAGUGGAGAGGCUUAUGUCGUCUGUGCUACUGUUGCAUUUGGAAUGGGAAUCGACAAAGCGGAUGUUAGGUUUGUGAUUCACAAUACUUUGUCGAAAUCAAUUGAGAGCUAUUACCAAGAAUCAGGGAGGGCUGGAAGGGAUGAUCUUCCUGCAGCUUGUGUUGUACUGUACCAGAAGAAAGAUUUCAGUAGGGUUGUCUGCAUGAUUAGGAGCGGGCAGGGCUUCAAAAGCCAGAGCUUUAAGACAGCCAUGAUCCAGGCAAAGAAAAUGCAAGAAUAUUGCGAGUUAAAGGUAUAUUGA